AUGGCAGCUAAGGAGCUCUUUGAUAUGAGGCCUGGCUUUGUUGAAAAGGCGACCAGAGAAAUUAUCAGUCUGCUCCUGGAUUUGCUUUUAAAAGAUGGUGUCUUGCAUCACAUGGAGAAAGACUCUAUACUUGAGGAGAACCAAAGCAGAGCAAACAAGGCCCGCGCUCUUGCAGAUGCAAUGAUUAGGAAAGGGGAAAAAGCCUGCAGCAAGAUGAUUGAUCACUUUAAACGUAAUGACCCAGAACUUUACUCUGAGCUGCGUCAGUCCUGUAGUCAGGAGGAGGAGCCAGCUGCACAGGCAAAGAUGGAGACGGAGUCGUCAACCACACUUGUCCAUGCCACUGAUGGAUUCUGGAAUGAGAAACAGAAGGAUCCAGAUAUUUACCCUGUGCACAAAAAAUCCAUUGAAAAAUGUGUGGCUCUGCUGAUCACCAAUAUAGAGUUUACAGAUAAGAAUGCAAACCGACGUGGUGCUGAGCGAGACGAGGAGAACAUGGAGAAACUGCUUUCAGAUUUGAAAUAUGAGGUGGUGAAAUACAGAAAUCUCACUGCAAAGGCGAUUGACAAUGCCCUGAUCCAGUUCUCUAGACAUCCAAAACUCAGAGAGACAGACAGUGUGGUGGUGGUUAUCAUGUCUCAUGGAGAACUGGGAGCAGUUCUUGGUGUCAACUAUAAAGAGGAGAAUCCAACAGAUGUGUUCCCCAUUGACAACAUUUACCAACACUUGGGUUCAGAGAAAUGUCCAGCGCUGCUGAACAAACCCAAAAUUAUCAUCAUCCAGGCCUGCAGAGGAGGUGGGAAAGGAGCUGUGCUUGUGAGUGAUAGCGCAAACCAAGGUCUGGUCUGUGAUGAUGUGUCACAACCAGGUGCUGAAGGUGGCAUGGAGGAAGAUAAUUUGCGAUAUGUACACAAAGAAAAAGACUUCAUUUCUCUACUCUCCUGUACUCCUGGUACUGUGGCACUCAGAAACACAGGUUCUGGGUCUUACCUCAUCCAGUACAUUGUUGAGGUAUUUAACACCUUCGCAUGUCAGGAUGACAUCGAGAAGCUUUUCAAAAGAGUCACGCGACGCGUUGCAGAACAUCGAAGCAUAUGGCAGAUGCCAACCAAAGACAGAACCACUCUGAUAAAGGACUUCUACUUCUUUCCAGGCCACUGAAGCAAGAUUGGGUUUU